AUGCAUGGGAGGUUGCUGUUAGCAUUUGCUAAGAAUCUUGGGUAUGGCAAUAGCACUUAUGCGGAGUUAAGAGCACUGUUAGAAGGUGUCAAACAUUGUAAAAAAAUGAAUUUCAGUGCAGUUGAUAUAGAAAUGGACUCUAAAGUGAUUCUGACAUGGUUAGAUAAGAACAGAUGCGGUAGCUGGUAUUUGGAGGAUUUUUGGGAGGAAUUGCAACUUCAGCUCAUUGCUAUGGAUGUUCGGUUUAUGCACAUUCAUAGGGAAGGAAAUGCUGCUGCGGAUUGGUUAGCUAGAAGGGGAGCAACUGAUGGUGAUGUGGAAUGGCAGAGUAUGGGGGAGGUUGCUCCUUUGUUACGGGGUUUGCUUAGAGUUGAUAAAUGGGGUCUCCCUUCAAUCAGGCGGAAGAAAUAG